AUGUCCCGCACAGCCCACCCAACAAGAGCUCCCCCACCCCCCCUAAAUAAUUCCCCCAGCCACUGCAUGCCCCUCCCUCCAACCUUCUUUGGGGAGAGCAGAAGUGACAGCCCCGCCAUCAGCAGGCCACCCCCCCGCAGCAGCCCCCCACCAAGACCACGGACCAGGCACUUCACUCUUCCUCUAGGCCCCAGACUCCGGGUGGCAGCCAGGGAACAGGAGUGUGAGAAGACCAUGACCAUGACCAGGUGGUCCGAGGCCUCCCAGCACACCAAAGGCCGCGGCAGGGCUGGACAGUCGAGCGUACACCGGCCCAGACCCGGAGCAGCAUUCCGCACAGAUUCCGAACCCCCAACGCCCCUCCAGCACACCCACCCGAGGGCAACGUGCCCCAGGGACCCCAGACCCACCCAGCAGCAGCACAGCUACCAGGCCAGCAGCCCACGUCCGCCACAACAGAACCCCCCCGAGAGCACCACAAGCGGCCGCUGUAGGAUGCCCCGUGGCAUCCCAAGCCCCACCCCAAAGGGGGUAAAAUACCCCGGGGUCAGACCCGCCAGGCACCCCACUCCGAGCGCCCCCCCGAGCCUUCCAGGACCCAAGAACCCCAAAACUAGCCCCCGCGCCCUGUAG